CCAGCGGGACGCCGCACAUGCCCAGCACGCCCAGCCGCGCCUGGGACGGCGGUCCAGCACCCGCAGUAAGCCAGCAGCGCCCGUGCAUGUUGCACGCAGCACGCAGCAGGCUGCUGGCCGAGCCAAGUCGACUGCCGGUUCGGUCGAACCGCAGUCCGUUCCAGACCGGUUCAGACCGGCUGGACCAGUUCAGCCCCAUUAUAAAUCA